CUUUGGGUUGCCGCAGCAACGGAUCAAAACAACUACCGCGAGACGUUUCUGUUCUUCUCCAGCACAUUGCGACUUUUUCUUUUUAUGUGAGAGUUAAAAAUAAAAAUAAAAUGGAAGAAAAGGACAAAGAAACGGAAAAAGAGAAGACAUCUUUAUCUGCAAUUUCGAGCGAAACAAACCGCAGCUCGACGUCUUCAAAUGUGGAGAUUAAAAAGGAGCCAAACGAGGCGGAAAACCCGGAAGAACAAAGUCAAAUGAGAAUCAUUAGCCUCCACAGAGACCUAACAGCAGCAUUGACCAACAUCCAAACUGCAGCGGUUGCAAAAGUUGCAAGAACAAAGCUGGAAAACGCUCAAGGAACCAUAGCGGAGCAGCGGGAGAAGGAGGAACAGUCCAGCCAGCAACUAUUUGAGGAAAUCAUCAGAGGGUGGACAGCAGCUCAUGAGAAGGAGGUCCAUCAGGACUUGCAGGAGGCCUUAGAAAAUCAGCAGCGCCUGUGUGCUGCUGUGAUACGGGACAAGAAAAGUCUCAUUAAUGACUUAAAACAGGAACUCAACCGGAGGCACGAGUCUUAUGUGAGGACUUUGAGGCAGAACGCAGAGGAGUUGAACCUGGUGACCGUGAUGAUGGAGGAGAACAUGAAGAUUAUGACGGACGUCUACAGGGAGGAGAUGGAGCAGAUGGAGAGGAUUCAUCAGCAGGAAGUGGAAAUCUUGCGUACAAAAGAUAAGGAUCGAUGGGAACAACAAAUCAAGGCGCUUUGUGAUAAGGAGCUGCAGCUACUGAAGGAGAGGAAUAAGAAAGUGAAAGAGUACGAGGACAAGUGCCAUGAGAAGAUUUUCACCAGUGUCAUCGAUGAUGCAAGAAGCGUCUCAGUGAAGCAUGACUUUCACAAGAAGGUCCCCAGUCAUCUCCUGGAUCCACAAAACAGCCUUCCCACUAAACUAAUACAACAAUCCAACGAGACGUCAGCCUUUCUGAACAAAAGGAUUGUCAGCCUCAAGAAAGACAUUAAAAAGCUGCAAAAAACGUACACAGAGAAAGAAAGAGAACUACAGAACUGCACCCAUAAGCUGCAUGGGGAAUACCAGCGGAGCUUCCAGCGGGUCCAGAAAUUUCAUCAAAGACGGAUGAAAACCAGGAACAGUUCGGUUGCAGAUGCAAAAAAACUUAAAGAGUUGCAGCAAAUGAUUGACGGAGAGUUGAAGCAGUUAUCUCAGAGGGCUUUGACCAUAGACUCGUUGAUCUGUCAGUACGUUGGUGUACCCUGGAACCCGGAUAAUACGGCCGUGUUGGAACGUCCUGGUCCGGAACGGCUCCCAAAUAUUGAUCAACUGAACCCUGAAACUGACAAGUGCAGACGGGGAAUGAUUGAAGAUGAAAAUGAAGAGGAGAAGACGUGUGUGGAGACACCUGAGGAUCCACUGCAGCAUGAAAUAAGAUCUCCAUCUGGCUGCGGUGGCUCGGUGAAGGCAGCACAGACCAGCUCCUCCACCAACUCCUCCGUCCGCCGCAAACACGCCUUACCUCCUCUGAAACUCCCCCCGGGCAUGAAGAGAGCGUCCAGGGAGAGCUCAGCUGAACGGACCUCCAGCUCUGGACACGCUCAGGUCUUAGAUGUUUCAGAGGUUUGUUCCAGGUGGGAAAGGCAGGCCGAGAUCAUCCCAGAGGAAAAGGUCAGACGGUGGGAAACAGCAGAAAAAAAACUACUCCAGUACUAUUGGGUACUAAGAGAGAUUUCAGAUCUGACUCGUGAGACGGAAGACCUGAGGAAGAAGAACAUGCAGCUGAAGAGUCAGCUCCAGGAACGCAGCAUUGCAUGGACUCCUGCUUCUCGCUGACCUAAAAAAGGCUCAGGUUGAACAUGCAUGAAGAAGAAACAAAUGUUUUAAAUUAAAAAAUCUUUUUGAAUGCA